AUGGACAACACCUUGCCCCAGAAAUCUUUAUCGAGCUCAUUAGCUCGAAGGCUUGGACUCUCUCAGCCAAUUCCUCCAUCUAUACAGCAACCAAACAAGAAGAAUCAGGCAGAACCCUCAUCUGGGCAUGCCUCGGCAAAGUAUACAAACACCUCGAGCCAUACUGGCCAAGAAAAAUCAAUACAGCCCAAUACCACUACCUCUCGUCUCGCAAAUGGAAAGUCCAAACUGACCAGACAGGAAGCUAUAUGGAAAUCAGAAGGGAGAAUCAAAAAGCAAUCUCCCUAUGGACAAUCCUCGAUGAACUCCCAGUCUGGGGAAAGCCAAAAUCGACAAUCGGAGAAACGUUCUCCCUCCUCGCUGCAAUCAAGAAUAGGGAACUCAUCCAGUCGUAUGAUGAGUACAACAACUUCCAGUGGGCAAGAAGCUGGAAGUUUAACCCCUCUGCAAGUCAAAUUACUGAAGAGCGGAAGACGCCUGGCAGGAAAGCGACUACCAGCAAGCAAUAUCUACCCCAGGCCCAAGCCACAAUUAAAUCAAGCCACCCCCAAGCCACCAGUGACACAGAAACGGACACAAGCUCCACAAUGUCCACAAAAACCACCUGGGAUGAAAGUUCCUCCACAGGUACCACAACAACCACAUGGACAAGUGACGAAGAAUGUCACACAAGGGUCUAUAGAAUCAAGACCCCAAACAAACAAAAGAAUAAGGAGCCAGUCCCCAAAUCGGUCCAACCAAAAACCCAACAAGAAGAGGACCUUAAUUCCCAAAAAACAAUCUACAAGUCCCCCAAAUCAAUCAAAAGGACCAAUGUCAACUGGUACAAACAAGGAGAGACCAAGUCCCCCUACCAAAAACUUGGAGAAUACAUCUACGACAAUGAAGCAGGGUGGGUCUUCCGUACCUUCGACCAAAAGAGAGGAGAAACAAUAUCCGAAGAAGAGGAAAGCAGGAGAGUUAGAGGGCAAAGUGCCUUCGAAGAGGGAGAAGAUGACUUCUAUCCCACUGACAUCGACGAAUAUGAAGGGAGAAAAACCUACUCCCCCAACUAUUAUCCCAACUCCCCCAGCGAACCCUCUGGCUACUACAUUACCUCAUCCAGAAGCAACCAAGUCCCUGAAGGAGUUAAAAUCUUUAGAAGAUGCAGACUUACUUCUCAACCUUGGUGGGACAAGUAAAAACAUUGAGGAUGAGGUGGAUUUUAAUGAAUGGUUGGAUUUUGGUCUUCUUGGAGAUGAAAAAGGAAAACUACCUGCUCAGGAAAACCAGGUGGAGGAAGAAACGGCUGGGAAGAAAGAAAUGACUGCUGAGGAAAUGGCAGCAGCAGUCGAAGCCAUAUUGGAGGACAGAGUAGAGUCUAAAGAAGAGGGCGAGUUAAUAGACUUAGAUAUAAUUUGUAGUGAGGAAUUUA